CACAAUAGCACAUGUUCCUAUUCCUUACGAAGCAGUGAACAUAUAUGUAUGUAAGUCAUAAGAAAAUGGCGUGCCACGGAAUCUUCACUCUGUGUUUUUUUUACACAUGUUAUUGGAUUUCCCCCUCUCUCUGUGCGACCACCGAAGCCCUGUCUCCCUUAUGUGAAAGUGGAGAAAGCGACCUGUGCGUCCUGAUACCGUCUGAACUGUGUCCAGUGGAAGUGAUAUCUGACCUCUGCCCCGUCACGUGUGGAGAAUGUGGAGAUGUGGACAGGUGCAGCCGCCCCGAGCUGCAGAUCUGCCAGGUCUUCACCAGUGACACGUUCUCCGGGUUGUGUAGCGAGCCCUUGGUUGGGGAGACCCUGUGUCCUACAGCAUGUGGAAAUUGCGACGCUACUCCAGGACCUGGAGGGCCUGGCGAUCCAUGUGCACUCUCAUGUGGAGCUGACGAGAUUCUGGACGAUACAACAUGCACCUGUGUCCCUGCAACAGCGAACUGCGCCGUUAUUGAUCAGCCGUUCUGUCCGAUACUGGCCAACAACGCUGCCUACGCAGACCUGUGCGACAACCCCAUCAUGGGCAUCCAGCUAUGUCCAGCCGCCUGUGGGCGUUGUGACAAAUGUGAGUCCGCCGACUUCUACAUAUGUCCAGUGAUCGAGGCGGACCUCGACAGGUACUGUGCUUUUGAGGGAGUCAGGGAUCUUCUCUGUCCAGAAACAUGCGGACAAUGUGGCGCUGAUGCAACAACUCCAGACCCGUGUGACGUCACCUGCGCGGACUCUGAGACUUUGAACUCUGACACCUGCACAUGCGUAGCAGAAAACCCAAUAUGCACCUUCCUCAUCGGAAACAACCUAUGUGAGGCCCUGCCCUUUUACGCCAGCGUCUGCCCAGGCUGUCCCUAGUUAAACACGGUCAAGAAAGGACUUGCAAAGUUUCUUGCAGUUGCAGAAAUAAAUUACACUCCAAUA